AUGGCCGAAGACGACACCGGCACAAAGGAGGACACCGCCACCCCUCCACGCCCCGCCGAAACGGCAGAGCAGCCUCCAACCAGCACCCAACACAAGACCUUGAAAUACUCCCUGCUCGGCCCCUCCCUGACGAAAUCCGGCCAAGACGGUGUGGACCAGAAGAAAGUCGCCGACAUCAUCUACAACGCCUCCAAAGGCAGCAAAUUCUUCAACAACGAGGAGAGCCGCGACAAAAGCCUGACGGUCAAGAUCGCCCGCAUCCUAGCCAAGAAGCGCGAGCUGGAACGCAUCGAAGCCCAGGGAGGACUCAAGAGCGAGCAGAAGAAGGCGGACGAGUAUAUUGCGGAAUUGGAGUAUGGGCGGGACCUGAGUCAGGCGGUGGUGCACGUCGACUGCGAUGCCUUCUACGCGGCCGUGGAAGAGCUGGACCGGCCGGAGCUGAAGGACCUCCCGUUCGCGGUUGGUAUAGGCGUGCUCACGACGUGCAACUAUGCAGCCCGCAAGUUCGGGUGUCGCAGUGGAAUGGCGGGGUUCGUGGCGGACAAAUUGUGUCCGCAGCUCAUCCACCUCCCGCUGAACUUCGACAAAUACACGGCGAAGGCGAAGGAGGUGCGCGCUGUGCUGGAGCAAUACGAUCCGCGCUUCGAAUCGGCGAGUAUUGACGAGGCGUACUUGAAUAUUACAAAGUACUGCGAGGAGCACGACAUGCAGCCCGAGGAUGCGGUGGCGCAGAUGCGCGAGCAGGUGUUUCGGGAGUGCAGCAUUACCAUUUCCGCGGGCAUUGCGGCGAACGCGAAGCUCGCGAAGAUCUGCAGCAAUAAGAACAAGCCGAACGGGCAGUUCAGACUCGCCGCCGACCGCGCGGGCGUGCUGGCUUUCAUGCGAGAUUUGCCCACGCGGAAAGUGAACGGGAUAGGACGGGUGUUUGAGCGCGAGCUCGACGCCAUUGGCAUCAAGACGUGCGGCGACAUCUACCCACAACGCCACUACCUCAGCCGCCUAUUCGGCGAGAAGGCAUUCCAAUUCCUCAUGAGCGUCUACCUAGGCCUCGGACGCACCGACAUCCGCCCAGCAGAGGAAUUCGAGCGCAAGAGCGUCGGCACGGAAAGCACCUUCCACGACAUGAGCGAUCCCAAAGAGCUGCGCGACAAACUACGCCGAACGGCCGACGAGCUGGAAAAGGAUCUGCAACGGACGGAGUUCAAAGGGCGCACGCUGGUGUUGAAGAUCAAGCUGCAUACGUACGAGGUGUUUACGCGGCAGGUGCAGCCGCCGAAAGCCGUGUUUACCGCCGACGACUUGUAUCACUUCGCUUUGCCCAUGCUUGCGAAGCUGGAGAAGGAAAUGCCGGGGAUGAAGCUGCGGUUGAUGGGGCUGAGAUGCACGCAUUUGGUCAGCGUGAAGAAGGGGGAGGUGGACUUUUUCGGCCGCGCGAGACAGCCGGCACGCCGAGCUGGAUCGGAGGAGGGAGGGAGCAGUAAGGUAGAUGUGGACGAGCACGGCUGGCAGGUCUGGCCGGACGAAGAAUUCGAAGACGCAGCACGACAAGAGCGGCAAGAGGAAGCGGAGGAACUGGAGCGGCUGUCACAAGAAAUGCAGAAUCAAGAUCAAGACGGCACGACGGCGGACUAUCGACGGUAUGCGAACGGCUUCGCUUGGCGCUCAUACCUGGAGGAGGAGCAACAGCAGAAGCAGCAAGCACCCACGCCCGAACAAUGGACAUGUCCCAUCUGCUCCAUCCCCCAGGGCGCGGACGAGCGAGCAUUCAACGCGCACAUUGACGGCUGCUUGUCACGGCAGACGAUCAAGGAGAUUGUCAAGACUGCGGAUGAGAGUGGGGAGGCUGCGAAGCGAGUGCUCACUCCGAUGCCAGCGAAUACGGCGAAGAGGAAACGCGGGCGGCCGUCUGAGACGGAGAAACGCGCGAAGAAGGCGUUCUUUGCCUAG